CGCGGGGAGGCCAGGUGCGACAACGUGAGGAAUGAGCGUGGCUUGAGAGAUGCGCGAGAAGUGGUGGUGGUUGUUGAGUCCGGAGUUGACAUGAAGACAAGAGUGGAAUUAUUGUAACUGCGCUAGUCCUCGUCCUGCGGCAGAUCUGAAAGACAACAUACUGAAUACACCCAGCCUGGGCUUUCAACCACCACUCACCCUACGACCUUCAAACGCUUGACUAACUGUCUGCAUUCUGUCCCGCAUACAUCUUUGUCUUUGGCUGUGCCCCUACCAGCACUUAUUGAGCCCUCACAAUGUCCCGGAGCAGCAGACUUGCCCCGGAGGCGAACCGAAUCCUCUUUGUCAAGAACUUAGCCUACAAUGUCGAUUCCCCGGCCCUCUUCGAUCUCUUUGGCAAGUUUGGCCCUAUCCGGCAGAUUCGAGUUGGAAACUCGAAUACUACAAAGGGCACGGCCUAUGUCGUCUACGAGGAUGUCAUGGACGCGAAGCAAGCAUGCGACAAGCUGAACGGUUUCAAUUUCAUGAACCGCUAUCUUGUUGUGCUCUAUCAUCAACCAGAAAAGAUGAAGACGGAAGUGAAAGAAGACAUCGCAGCCCGUCAGGAAAAUCUUGAAAGGAUGAAAAAGGAGCAUGGGAUUGAAUGAAUGUAUCCUCAUGUGGAUUCUCUCCGACCAAUAUUCACACCACAGUCCACAUUGCUACAGGCAAAACUUGACCAGCCAUCAGUUCGCCGUUGGAACAGACUGGGUAACUCGACAGCUUCGACAUGAACGUUGGAACAUAUCACAAUUAUCUUGUCGCAGGAUUGGAAUCCUGUGUCACGGCGCAGCGAGACCGGCACAGUCCUAAGCAUCAUGAUGGAGUGGACGCUGGCAAGAUGAGACGUUGGCGACAUUAAAGCAGAACCCUGACUCAGAGACAGAUCACGCCCGUAGAGGCAUAGGCAGCGCCGCGGCAGGCACAGCAGUCAAUGGAAAGGUUUCGGGACGUUGAAUUUACUGUGAAGGGUAUCACGUCCGCAUAAAAGGACACCAGUCUCUGUCAUGUAAUUGCUUAACUAUGAGCAUCACCAGACAAUCAAGAAUCCAGUUUCUUGUAGACCUUCCAUCC